UUCCGAGUGGGCUACUACAAUGUUCGUAUUUUUCAGAGGUAUAAUCAGACAAAUAAUAUCUGGGUUAUUGAAUAAAAUAUUUUGACCAAGUUAAAAUAAUCAUCUCGGUACAUUCUAGACCUCUGACAUGUGAGAGUAAAUCAAACGGAGCUCUAAUCAGCCGAAAAACUGCUCUUUUGCUGACUUUGCGCAGUCCGUGUUCUGUUCCUCCUCUGCUCCCGCAGUCAAACAGACGCAGUGCGCGACACCAGAUAGACCGGACACCGGGACACGAGAGCUCGGGGAUAAACACUGAACUACAAAAACAUGAGGUCGUCACUAUGUCAUAGAAAUGGAAUAACAUUUAAACUUAAAAAGAAAUCUUGAAGAUUUUCUUUCUGGGUGGAUCUCUUUGCCAGGUAUCUUUCCCCCCACCUGGGAUUUGCUGACAGGGCGACCAGCUCUAGAAAAUGAAAUCUCAUGAGGGAGAACUGGAGAGAGAGAUCUCUAAGGUUCAGGGCAUGGUGUGUGAGUUGCGGGCUGGGUUUUCUCGUGCGUUGCUGGAGCUGAAUCAGAUUCAGCAGGGAGACACUGAGCUGCAGAGUCAGCUGGAGGACACAAGACAUGGCUGUAACAAGCGUGCCCUUCACCUGGAGAGUCUGGUGCUGUCCCUCAAGGAGGAGCUGGAGGAGGUACGUUGUCAGUUUCGUCAACUCUGUGAGACACAAGAGAGAAAGCCACCAGAGAAUCCAGGAAGAGAGAAUAAUGGAGUUGACGACAGUAGCGCCGAACAGAGUAAUGGUGCUGCAGAGGCUCCUCCUCUUUCACCUGUGGGCGGAGAUUUCCUCAUACACUGUUACCUGCAAGGAUUGAAAGUGUGGCAGUGGGCCAGACAGAAUACAGGUGCAGAUACAGUUUCCUGCCAUGUAACGCACAGCUGCCUACGACGGAGCAGGAGGCGGGGUGUGGUGGAGAUGCUGUUGCAGUCUGAACGCGAUUACGUGUCUAGCUUGAAUCAGCUCUAUGAGAAAUACAAGUCUGCUGAUCAAAAUGUGACGUUUGUAAAGCAUAUUGAUCAGAUGCUGCAGCGCCACCUGCUGUUCCGCAACACCCUAGAAGAACGACUGACCACGGAUGAGAGAAGCUGUGCUGCUGGGGAUGCUUUCCUCAACCUCACUGGACAGAACAAUACGACUUUCUCUGAUGCAUAUCUUGGAUACGUGGCCAGUCUGGGAACUGUCCUGAAAGCAGAGAUCAGUAAAACUUCACCCCACAGCAAUCCAGAAAACACACAGGAGGAGAAAGAGAGCUUCAGAUUGCUUUCACUACUAUUUGCUCCCGUUUCACGCAUCCACACAUACCUGAACAUCAUACAGGCUCUGUUACGCAGUUCUGGCGCUGGACAUGCAGACUGGUGUUCACUACAGGAGAGCGAGCGGGUGCUGUGGGACCUCUGCACAAGCUGUCACAUGACCUUAGAGAAGGCGGGGCCAUGUGAAGAGGGGGUGGGGCCUGAACAAGGUUUGAGAAACAGGUGCUGUGCCGAGAGCCCCGACUGUGGCCCUUCCGCUUUUACCAAGUACUGUGCCAACACGAAUGCGGAUACAGCCAGCGUCACAGCGGGCGCAGGCAUAGACAGCACUGUACACCAGAGGAAAUGCUGUCGUGUUGGCAUCUCACGCACGCUACCUCGGCCCAGUGGCAUUUUAAGAAAUGGCCGUGAGCAUAUGUGUGAUCUGCCCCCUGGUGGCUGGACCUCAGAGUACAUGUGGAAUGGCAAUGCAAGGCAGAGCCACACGGGUCCCAUCUGCGUACCCUUUCCUCGUCAUCCUAGAGAAGCCGGCCUCUUUCUGAAUCCUGUGCCACCUGUUGGUGUUGGGGGAAACCACACUAGUGCUGCCAAGAGCCAGAACUCCUCGGCUGGUCUGGCUGUGCGUGUGUGUGGGUCCCCGGGUCUCAAUGGACGCGUAUACACAUCUGACCUGUACCCUCCGCCGCAUCGUCUCGAUGACGGGGACACAGACUGCGACGUGGCCGACGCAUCAGUUUUUGACUUCUCUUCCGUAACGACCUGUAGCCCAGAUGAAACUCUGAAUCGACUCAGGGGAGUGGACACACGUGAUGAUGAGGAUGAUGAUGAAGAGGACAGCGAGGUUCCAGUUCUCCUCAAACCGUCAUACACUCACAACGCUUCAGCCGUGCAGGCGGGGGGAAGCGUAUGCAUGCCGUGGCAGAUUCCCAGGCGGGCUCCUAUUCCUGCCGAGGUUCGCAUUGGGACACAAGGCAAAACGCGUGCACCAAAGCCACACAGAAUCCCCGCCAGUGCCUUCCGGCCGAUUUGGGACCCGACUUACUCACAGGCUGAUGUGACUCCUGCAAAAGAGAACUCUGUGUCUUUCAGCUCAACCAAUCAGAUCAUUAAUCAGCAGCAAGAGACUGACCAACCACGAUCUGCAUACAGAGCGUCUGGAGUCCAGCGGGCUGAAGCAGUGUGGCACGACAGUGAAGACAGCGAAGGACCCUGCAGUACAGUCUGACACACUCGUAUGGCAGCAAAACAAUUAAUAUUAUUAUCAUACACUGGGAACUUCUCUACUUCAUAUAGUGAAAUCACUGUAAUAAUCUGAGAUUACAAAUGCCGACUUCUCCUCACUGUGAAUUGCCAGCACCCUCACGACAGCUAAACUCAACAAAAGUCUUCCAGCAUGAUCUGUCCUGUCAGAGAGAAACAAACACGUUGAUGUAACCGAAUGCACAUAAACAGAGGAAUAAAAACGUUCAGUAGAAAAUAAGACUGCGAGUU